CUUACCUUUUACCUGGGAAAAGGAGUGCCACUCACUGUGUCAUCGUCCGACUCGAAAUCAGGAUCGACUUCUCCUUCCUGCUGCAGACCGGAGAAACGCACAGGAGUGUGAACUGGUGGAACCCGAGCGAGCGAGCGAGUGCAGCAGCGGCUCCGAGCAUGGAGCCUAUCACGGCCUGGAGCGAGCAGAGAGUCAGCGAGUGGCUCCAAGGUCUGGAUGCACCUGUGCAUCAGUAUCCAGUCACAGAGUGGCACUUGUCAGGUGUGGACCUGCUCCAGUUGAGCUCUCGGGACCUUGAAAAGCUUGGAGUUUAUAAGAUCGGACACCAGGAGCUCAUACUGGAGGCUGUGGAGAAACUCUGCUCCCUGACGUAUGGUAUCGGAGGCGAGAACCUGCGCGGACGGACCGAGAAGCUGCGCGCCGUCGCCCACACCCUCCAGAUGGGCAUCCAGAGCCGCUGGCGCCAGAACAGCUACGAUGGCCGCAGCGCCACCAAGCUGCCGGGUGGAGUCCUGAAGGUUGUAGUGGAGCUCAUCACCUCUGCCAAAGGGCUCUUCUUUCUCCUUAACAGGUAUCAGUUCUUACAGCUAAGUGGACAUGCCACCACCAAGGACAUAUUCAGCUACUGCAGAGAGCUCGGAGAAAUCGUCCAAAAGAGCGCCACAGUCUAUGAAAAGGAAAAGGACAUCAUCUCGGUGUGCCGUCAGUUAGUGGCAGUGUGUGACCAGAUCCUGAACUCCAACGCCGAAUCACUUCUCAGCCACACUGCUCAGCUCGAGAGUGUCGACCUAGUGCCCGUGGCGCCUGGUGAUCAGCUGGGGAUUGAAAUAGCGUCGACUGGCUCCAGUAACCACUACGUGACGGGAACUGCUGCCGAGCUUUCAGAUGACGUCUUUGUGAAGAUCUUGGCUGGGGAUGAGGUGAUUCAAGUCAACGACCAGAUAGUGGUGGGCUGGAGCAAAGCAAACCUUGUGAAGAAGCUGCGGGAGAAUCCUAAUGGAGUGACUCUGGUCCUGAAGAAGAUCCCAGGCUCAGUGCGGCGCAAAAACCCUGUCCUGCAGGUCUCCUCUGUUCAGGAAGAGGAAGAAGGAGAAAGAUCAGGGGAGGAGGAGGAGGAGGAGAAUCCAAGGCACUCCAUAUUUGAGAGAGUAGCAGCUUCUGUCAGGUCUUUGUCUUUUAGGAAAGCCAUCCACGGGCCAGAGGUACAACAGCCUCCUAUGGGACAGGAGGACUCUGAGUUACCCUUUGACAAGGAGCUGGAGGGGAACCUGAGUCUUUCUUCAUCUCAGAACCAACAAGAGAGUUUGUCACCACUGUCAGCCUCAGGUGACUUUGAGAGUCUGGACAUCUCGAGGCUCUCGCCGAGACGCAGGAGUCCCUCGCCCAUUUCCUUCGGGCCGUUCAGAAGUCCUUCACCCCGCAGAGCCAAUCACGAAAGAGCGAGCGUCAGUUCCUGUCCUGAAAUGGUGGGACACACGGGAAAUAAAGAGACUAAGAAGAGCUCUACAAAAGGAAUGAACACGGCUUUGAGUCGGCGCCGCGUUUCCUGCCGUGAGCUCAGUCAGCCCGACUGUGACGGCUGGCUGUGGAAGAAGAGGAAGGAGAGCAACGUCUUCCUCACCCAGAAGUGGCAGCGCUUCUGGUUUGUCCUGAAGGCGCCGUCACUUUACUGGUACACCAGCCAACAGGAAGAAAAGGCAGAGGGUUUUGUUGAUAUAUCCAGCUACGCCAUAGAGAGCGCCGGAGAGCACAAGAGAAAAUACGUGUUCAAAAUGUGUCACCAGAGGUUCCACAACUUCUUCUUCGCUGCCGACAAUGUCACUGAAAUGAGCAAGUGGAUUAACUGUCUGAUCACAGCCAUACAGACACACAAAAAGCUCUGUAAAGGCCCCGACAGUGAGGAGGAGUGUUACAGUGAGACUGAAUCCGAAAGUGAGAGUUCGCCUUCGCCCCGCAGAAGGAACAAGAAAGUGCAGUCCAACACUCUGCCACGCCCCAAGACAAAGACAACCAAGGUGUCUCCGCCAAGUCCUUCAACAGGGGGCAGCAAAGUAGCAGGCAUGACAGAAGAUGAGAUGGGUAAGAUGAUCAACAACAUAAAGGAAGGAGGAGUUUCUCUGAUCGGCCAAGAGCAGCCGCUCACCCACGACCACUUUAGGAGGUCGUUCAUCCGACGCAACAAGAACCCGGUCAUAAACGAGAAGGUGCACACACUUCGGGUCCUGCAGAGCACUCUGAAGGCAAAAGAAGCCGAGUUGCAGCAGAUCAACAAGAUCUUGGAGAACUCCGAUCUGUCAGCCUUGACGUAUCGUCAGUGGAAGGAGCACAACGAGGAACUAGUUCAAGAAAUCGAGAAAGUGACUGCGCUCAAGGCCUCCAAAGGAGGAGACGACAUAGCGGUGCAGGACAUGCCUGCUGAGGAGGAGGUUGCCCUGGAAACUGUCGCUAAGGAAACAGCCGGCGCGGAGACAGAAGAAACAUACAGACUGAGCCUGAGCGAAGGGGAGCAGUUAGUGGACGCAGAGGCGUCCGACGUUCUCCUGGAGAUCCCAGCGAGCUCGCCGGCGUCCAGUCCAGCGUUCGAACUCUCUGUGGGAUCUCUGCAGGAAUCAAUAAACAAGCAGCUGAGUGAGAUGGUGGAGGGCGGAGAGCCCGCCGAGAACUACUUCUACAUCUGACGCCAGCUGACUCCACGCUGCCACAAUCACAGCAGAACAGACUCGUAUCACCCUCUGACAGGAUCACUUCAAAAUCAACACGAAAUCAAGUAUCUCAGUGAAAUUAGUGCGUGCACCAAAUUUAAGCCCCGUUUACAACAGAGAACAAUUUGCCUAGUGUCAAUCUGAGUGAGCUCAAUGUAUAUUUAUAUAUAUAUGUUGUUCUAUUCAUUAAAAAGAAAAAGAAAUCAAGUAUAACUUUGAGAAUUCAAUGAGAAUUUGUAAUAUAAAUCAUGCCUUCCUUUUGUAAUGUGACAUGUAAAUACAUGUGUUUAUUGCCUUAAUAAAAGGUACAGAUCUGAAA